GGUCAGCGACAUCAGUUCCAUCGGCAACAUGCAACACCCAAGUUCUCAGUCCAGCUCCUUGGCCCUGCUCCUGACUUUCGUCCUGGCGGCCGUCGGUGUUCACGGCGACUACGAUUGGUAUGGCGAUUACUCGGGCUCUGAACUGGACUACAUCUUUGCGGAUGCGAACUACGAUGCUGUGUGCCCGCCAGGUGGCUAUGCUGUCUGCGCCACCGAUGGCUACAGCUACCAUCCAUUCUCGAGCAAGUGCCGCCUGGAUGCGCAGAACUUGAAGCUGCUGUUCGCCGGAAAGAAGGAACUAAUCCAAACUGACCUGAGCUACUGUCCCUCGUAUCCUGGCCAAUCGUAUGGUUCCCCAGCCCCUGCCCCUAGCUAUCAGCCCCAGCCGGUUCAGGAUUACGCCCCGGUUCGGUAUUCCGCAUCGUCUGGCCAGAACUCGUUCGCCUAUGCCGCUGCCAGUGGACCUUAUGGCGCCAAGGCGGUGGCUGAGGCUCCGGGUCCGUAUCCAGUCGCCUCUCCCUCCUACUCCGUCUCGUAUCCCGCCGCGCCGGCUGCUUAUGCCCCGCCCCCUGCCAAGUAUCCGUCGCCGCCCUCGUCCUAUCCCGUUUACUCCAAGCCCGUGCCAGCCUAUGCCGCCGUUUACAACUACGCUGGCACCACCAAGGCGCCAUCUAGCGGCUCGACUACGGCCACUACAGACACCACAACAACCAGUGCAUACCCUGCAUACCCCACCAAAUAUACAACCACCACAGCGGCAACAACCGCAGCGGCAACCACUACUGCAGCAACAACUACGGCGGCAACAACUACUGCAGCAACAACCACCGCUGCAACAACCACCGCUGCAACAACUACAGCUGCAACAACAACUGCAGCAACAACCACCGCAGCAACAACCACCGCAGCAACAACCACCGCAGCAACAACCACUGCAGCAACAACUACUGCCGCAACAACUAUUGCCGCGACAACUACUGCAGCAACUACUACUGCAGCAACAACCGAAGCAGCAACAACCAAAGCAGCAGCAACCGAAGCAGCAACAACCGAAGCAGCAACAACCAAAGCAGCAGCAACCACUGCAGCAACAACCGAAGCAGCAACAACCAAAGCAGCAGCAACUAACCCCUAAUUAAAAGAGGACAACUAUCGAUCACCAGCAGCAAUGAACAACGCACUAGAAAGUCCAGGAAAACCACAGAACAACCGCAGACAACCGAAGACAACAGCAAACGAAAUAAUCAUUCUGACCACAGCAAUAUGUAGAGUGUUCAAUUUAGCCACAAUAAAGCAAUCAGUACAGCACAUAAA